AUGCUAACGGUGGCGGUGGAAAAAACGAGCAUUGCAGAAGCACCAAACCUAUGCGGAGCGCGCAGCACGUGCGGGGCCGGCGGUGGUGGUGGCCAAACGAGCGUAGCAGAAGCACCAAACCUAGGCGUUGCGCGCAGCAUGUGCGGGGCCAAUGGUGGUGGUGGACAAGCCAGCGUAGCAGAAGCACCGUACCUAGGCGUAGCGCGCACCAUGUGCGGUUCCCGCGGUGGUGGUGGUCAAACGAGCGUAGCAGAACCACCGAACCUAGGCGUAGCGCACAGCUCGUGCGGAGCCAGCGGUGGUGGUGGACAAACGAGCGUAGCAGGAGCACCGAACCUAGGUGUAGCGCACAGCUCGUGCGUGACCAGCGGUGGUGGUGGACAAACGAGCGUAGCAGAAGCACCGAACCUAGGCGUUGUUCACAGCAAGUGCCUAGCCAACGGUGGUGGCGAACGAGCCUAG